CAGUACCAAUAGAUGAAUCGUACAGUGAAGUCGCAUAAAGCGAAAUUUUGGAAAAAUCGCAGAGCACGCUAUUGUCAGCGGUGAACGGUAACGAAUUUUAUUGCUUAAAAAAAUAAAAUGGAUACGAUGUUAUCAGAAGAUUUGCAGUCUGUAAUGAUACACUAUCCAGUUCCUGAUAUGAUACCAAGACAUUUGGACAAUUCUUUUCUUAUCGAUUAUCCUGUAUGUCGGCGUUGUAACUUAGGUGCGAAUCACGGGGAACUUAUUCGUCCAUGUCGAUGUAUAGGUCCUAUGGAAUUUAUACACAUUCAUUGUUUAGAGGCGAUGGCAAAUCUCAACAACAUCUACUAUUGUACAUUAUGUUAUUAUGCCUUCCCUAUUGAACUAAGAAAUAAACCGCUGAUAGAGUGGCUCAGAAACACGGAUGCGUUAGCAAACAUGCUUCAAGGAGUCUUUAGUUCUGUUCUUAAAAUGUUUGGUUUGAUACUAAUUGAUUUGAGUCUGGCGACUUUUGCUGGUUACAUAAUCACGGAACUUGAUAUCGCAAAAAUAGCAAAAUUUAUACCACUUCUUGUUCUCGUUGUUCUUGUUAUGAGCGUACUUUUUCUUGGCAUUCCUGAGUGGGUGCGUAAGAUGAUAAACUUUUAUACAAGUUUUUGUGAAUCUUGGCGCAAAUUUCGAGAAAAGAAUCAAGAACUAAAAGUCAUAAAAGGAUAUUAUUCCGUUCGUCGAUUCGUAUCAUAAGUAAAAUUUGGUCUUCCCAUAUAUUAUAUGCUAUGACGCAGUAGCUAUACAAAGUUAAGAUUAAAUUUUUUUUAUAUUUUAUUUUGUUUUUUGUUACGACAUAUUAUAACUAUAUAUUUUUUAAAGACAUAACGGGAUAUUAACUGCUAUUUACAACAUUUCUCUUUAUAUAUGAAUAUAAAGAGGCAUUACAUAUUUUAUGUAAUGUGUUUUACAAAUAUGGAAGUUUUGUUAUCAAAUAUAUCCUAAUAUUGACAUUAAAUAACAGCGAUAAAAACAUUUUUUAGUUGGUAAUAUCAAUGAUGAACACGUUUAUUACAAUAUUUUCGUAUUUUCUACUCUUGAUUAAUUGAAUAGUUUAAUUUUAUAUUUUUAAUACUUUUUUUAAUUUUAAAUACUUGUUUUUACAUUUUCGUUACUAUAGUUAUUCAACGGCUAGUUAAAAAUAUAUCUUUAAAUUUAAAUUAUUUUUUUUUUUUUGUAUUUGUACAUUGCUUUUAUGUAAAAUAAAAGUAUGCACUUCUUUUUCUACUAUGUAUGAUUUAUAAAAUAAAAUUAAGUACCGUCCAUGU